AUGACAAAGAAACUCAUAGACAAGUUAAGGUUAAAAAUAGAUAAGCUAUCCUUAAUAGUAGUAAUCACUACAACUGAUAUUAGAAUGAGAGCACUAGGGCAAAUCAAUAAUAUAAAAAUAGCUAUACAAGAUAUCCUCUUAUCUAGUACCUUUCAAAAUAGUGAUAGCAGAGAUGAAUUUGGUGAAUAUAUCUAUGAAGAUGAGGAAUUAGUUAAAGCAGAAGAAUAUUAUACAGAAGAAAACACUGAAGAAAGAAAUAAAUUAUUUUAUAACUCCUAG